UUUGAUUUUUGUGGACUUUUAAUGGUUAUAGUGAAUAUUUACUUAUUUGAUUGGAUUUGUUGAAUGAGAUAUAAUAAACUAACUGUUACAUCAUUGACAUAGUCGAAGCAGAGAGAACGGCUCGGCUUCUAUUACAAGAUGCUAUCUAUACUACAGUUUUUUUUUUUUUUUUUUGGUGGGACCCAAUAUAUUGGAAUCAUAACACGGCCGACUUAUGAUCAAGCUGUUUGUAUACCUGUUUGGACCCUUUUCAUUUGAUCUCAAUCUCAGGCGAAGAUCCAUCUCCUUUUCGGGAAAAAAAAUGGCAUCCUUUUCGAUGGAUGACUUCGUCGGGGAUGGAGUUCUGAAAGAGCUCAUUCCAAAGCUGUUGGCAGAAGGUUGGGAUGAUGUGCCUACGUUGAAGAUGAUGAGUUCUGAAGAUAUGAACUCAAUCAACAUGACUCAGCGACAAAAGGAUGUUUUGGAAAUCAGAUCAUACCUUCAUGACCGUGCGUUGAUGCAAUACGGAGACAGGCUUGAAGCUUCUGGGCGAUCUCUAACCGAGCUUCUGAGUUUGACCACCACUGUUCUUUCUUCCCAAUACAGCAUGAGAAGAGGUCACGUGGCCCGCUUCAUCGACAGAGCAAUGGCAUGUGGCAUUUCAAUGGCACCUUCUAAUGUUCAGCCUGCAAGGAGAAGAACCACAUCUUCCAUCAGUGAAAGCAUCCAAGGGCGCGACCUUAUGCCUGUGAAUUCAAGAAAGAUACUAAGUGCAAGGUCCACUCUAAGGGGGGCUGCAAAUUACGAACAGUCGAUCGAGCAAUCGAUUGCAGACCUCAAGAUCAAAGAAGGCCAUGUUUUUAAGGGGAUUGUCGCAUCGGAGCCAGCAGAAUCAAGGUUGUGUGGCUGUGUUCAACCUCCUCCGGUGGUUGAGAAUGUCGCUCCGUACUCUUCAAUUGAGAGCAUUUCAGUUCAAAAGCUCGCUCCCGAGUAUAAGGUCGGUAUGGAUUCGAUGCUGAAGUUGAAAACGCCACCCAUGAAGGCUUCCGAAUUAUGGCUGGAAAAACCAGUUCUGCUGAUGUGUGUUCGACGUCCAGGGUGCAUCAUGUGCCGAGCUGAAGCACACCAGCUCUACUUAAGGAAACCCAUAUUCGAUGCGUUGGGGUUUCAGCUAAUCGCCGUUCUUCAUGAACAAAUCGACGCUGAGGUUAAGGACUUCUGGCCGCGUUAUUGGGGUGGCAUUGUAAUUCUCGACCGAGGCUUAGAAUUUUUCAAAGCGCUCGGAGGUGGGAAGCUGAUGAAAGAUAAGUUCAUAUCAGGAUUUGUUUUCAAUCCCCGCGCCAUUGCAAAUUACAAGCGCGCCAAAUCCAUUGGACUAGACCAUAACUACAAAGGAGAAGGCGAAAUCAAGGGCGGGCUCUUCAUAGUCGGUAGUGGGAAAAGCGGCAUUGCUUAUCAGUUUAUCGAAAGGAAUUUCGGUGAUUGGGCUCCUCUAGCUGAAGUUAUUGAAAUUUGCACUCAAAUGCAGGUACUUCCAUUGAUGCCGAGCGUUAAAUCAAUCCCAUUAGUCAUUUGAUUUCCCAAGUAUAACUCAGGCGACACGAAGAACACAUGACCAUUUUGAGAUCACAUUUCAUCGUCACACGCACAAAAUUCAAGCUUCAUUUUUAAUUCUAUCGUUGUCUUUCCAUACAUCUAUCUCACCCAAUCUAAAUUGCCAAAACCCCCUACAUUGCACUAUCCAAAUCGCAAAAUCAGCACUACUGAUCAUUUGUGAUUCUGUUCGUUAUUCUUAUCAACCCAAAUUAAGGUUAUAUAUUGUUAGUGUUGAUUACAUUACAAUGUAAAUUUAUAUUUAGAAGUAGAUAACUUGUAUUGUGAUUUCUGUAAUGCAUGCCAAAGUAUAGUACUAUAUCUAUAAUAAUAAUAUUCAU